GCCUGGCUCUGAUCACACACAUUCACACACUAAGGAGCACAGCAGAGAGCAACACACAUAGCGAUUGAGAGGUCGGGGAUCCUUCAGUGGCUUUUCACUCGCAUGAACACAACCGAAGACCCCCCAGGAUCUAAAGAUGUGGACAGAAGUCGGAAAGCUUGUGCUAUUGCAUUUGUUACUCAUGGAGCUCCAUUGCGCUAGAGGAACUACUACGGAGACAGAGUGUGAAGCCGGGCAGUUUCAGUGCAAGAACGGACGGUGCAUCCCGACCCUGUGGAGAUGUGAUGAUGAUGACGAUUGCUCAGACAGCAGCGAUGAGGAGAACUGUCCAAAGAAGACAUGUGCGACCACAGACUUUGCCUGUAAGAACGGACAGUGCGUCCCUGCUAGGUGGCGCUGUGAUGGAGAACCUGAAUGUGCAGACGGUUCGGACGAGGCUGAUGCAAUCUGCAGCCGACAGACCUGUCCGCCGGAGAAGUUUGAUUGCGGGGGGGCUGCCAGCAAAUGUGUUUCGUUGUCAUGGCGAUGCGACGGGGAGAGGGACUGUGAGAACGGGGCAGAUGAGGACCAGUGCGCUGCAGAUGCCAAGGCUUGCCCCUCCAAAGAUUUCCAGUGCCGUAAUGGGAAGUGCGUGGCACCAAUCUUUGUGUGUGAUGGCGACGACGACUGCGGGGACUCCAGCGAUGAGGAGAAAUGCACAGCUCCCACCUGCGGCCAGCACGAGUUCCGCUGCAAUGACUCCGAGUGCAUCCCCACCCUGUGGAGCUGCGACGGAGACCCAGACUGCAAGGACAAGUCAGACGAGUCCAUGGAGCGCUGCAGCCGGAGGACGGAACCCCAGAAACCUCGCUGCCCGGUGGGAGAGUUCCAGUGUGGGAGCGGGGAGUGUGUCCACAUGAACUGGAAGUGUGAUGGAGAUGCAGACUGCAAGGAUAAAUCAGAUGAAGCAAACUGUGCCCUGCUCACAUGUCGUCCUGAUGAGUUCCAGUGCGGCGAUGGAUCCUGCAUCCACGGCACCAAACAGUGUAAUAAAGUUCACGACUGUCCAGACUACAGUGAUGAAGCUGGCUGUGUCAACAUUACAAAGUGUGACGGGCAGAAAAAGUUCCGCUGUAAGAACGGGGAGUGUAUUGACAGCAGCAAGGUGUGUGACAAUGUGAAAGACUGCAAGGACUGGUCUGAUGAACCCAUGAAGGAGUGUGGCCUGAAUGAGUGCACAGACAACAACGGCGGCUGCUCCCACAUCUGCAAGGACCGAAAAAUUGGUUACGAGUGUGACUGUCCCUCUGGGUACAAACUCUUGGACAAAAAGACAUGUGGAGAUAUAGAUGAAUGUGAGAACCCGGACGCCUGCAGUCAGAUUUGCAUCAACUACAAAGGAGAUUAUAAGUGUGAAUGCUACGAAGGCUACGAGAUGGACCCUGCCUCCAAAACCUGCAAGGCCGUUGGAAAGAGUCCGUACCUGAUGUUCACCAACCGCCAUGAGAUCCGUCGCAUUGACCUGCUGAAGAGUGAAUAUACACAGGUUGUCCCCACGCUGAAGAACGCAGUGGCCCUGGAUGUAGACGUGUCAACCAACAAGAUGUUCUGGUGUGAUCUAUACCAUCGUAAAAUAUACAGUGCUUACAUCAACAAGGCCAGUGACUCAUCACAGCAAGUGACUCUCAUCGACUCCCUCAACUCCCCCGAGGGCCUGGCCGUUGACUGGGUCCACAAGAACAUCUACUGGACCGACUCUGGCAACAAGAGCAUCUCCGUCGCCACAGGAGACGGGAGGAAGAGAAAAGUGCUGAUAGCCACGGAGCUGAGCGAGCCGCGGGCCAUCGCAGUGGAUCCACACCAAGGAUUUAUGUACUGGUCAGAUUGGGGAAAUCAGGCCAAAAUUGAGAAGGCCGGGAUGAAUGGAGUGGACCGACAAGUCCUGGUGUCUGAACACAUCGAGUGGCCAAAUGGAAUCACUCUGGACUUAUCUAACAGGCGUCUCUACUGGUUGGACUCCAAGCUGCACCUGCUGUCCAGUGUGGACCUGAAUGGAGACAACCGCAAAGUGUUGCUGUCCUCCCAUCACCAGCUGGGACACCCCUUUGCCCUCACUGUGUUUGAGGAUCGUAUAUAUUGGACAGAUUUGGAGGAUGAAGCAAUAUACAGUGCCAACCGACUGACUGGACAUGAUGUGGCAAAGGUAGCAGAGCACCUGAACAACCCCCUGGACCUGGUGGUGUUUCAUGCAAGGCAGCCCAAGGCCCCAGAUACCUGCAACAUGGGCAGUCUGCCUAACGGUGGCUGUGAGUACCUCUGCCUGAAGGCCCCCCAGAUCACAGACCACUCUCCCAAGUACACCUGUGCCUGUCCUGAUGGCAUGGAGCUGGGACCAGACAUGAGGCGUUGUGCUAUAGUUCGACCCAGAACAACCACAACAGCUGCUCCAUCUACUCCCACUACAACUACUACCGCCAUCAUAAGCACAACUCCCCUAACAACCACUACAACAAGCUCUACAACAACUAGCACAACUGCUGCCACGACCAAAAAUUCCCCAACCACCACCACUACAAAAUCCACCACCACCUCAGCUGCUACGACUCUCAGGCCCUCAAUCAGACGCCUGACGACUUCUCAGACCCCCCGCAGAACCUCCACGGAGCAGCCUCGGACCCCCGCUGCCAAAAGUACAGAGACGACAAGAUUUAGCAGCUCAAGUCAGUCAUCCACAUCCACACACACACCUCUACUGGGCCCUGUGGCCCCCAACAGCAUUCAGAGAGAGAGCAACGGCAACCUCUCCCACAGAGCUGCGAGUGAUCACUACCUCAUAGGUAACAACAUCACAGUAGCUGUUCUGGGGAUAGUUAUUCCUAUCGUGGUCAUCGGUUUGCUGUGCUCCGGAGGGUACCUGGUUUGGCGCAACUGGCGGCGCAAGAACACCAAGAGCAUGAACUUCGACAACCCUGUUUAUCGCAAAACCACAGAGGAUGAUGACGACGAGAUCCACAUCGGGCGGCACAGCGAGUCCAUCGGUCACGUGUAUCCAGCACGCGUGGCACUCAGUCUGGAGGAUGAUGGCUAUCCCUGAGGGGGGGCUGCAGCCUGCCCCCCCCCAUCCCAAUGCCUUCCUGGCCCCUCCUCUCACCACAGCUACACCGCAGAACAGAAAAGGAAAGGAGUUUGCCUGCCCUUUUAAGGAGCAAGGGAUGACAUGUACAUCUUUUAAAUCCCCCUUUCUCUCCUGUUUUCUCCACUGGAGUAACAAUACUACCACUACUAGCCACUACUACUUCCCUUAGUGCUAGUCCAUUUGUAGCAUCUGCUCCUCUCCUCUCUCUUCUUCGCCUCUUGUUAGCUGUAGUGGUGUUUAAAAUGCUGCUUGAUGAUUUUUUCUCAAACUAACCUCAUUUGGCUCUCCCAGUGAACAUUGUAAAUAGAAGGCUGCGUGGCCAUCGCACAGGGAGAGAAAAGCCGGCAUGCAUUAUUUUUUAAUUCUUCAUUUUUACAAUUUUUUAAUUUAUUUGUAUGCGUUUUCUCUUGUAAAUAUGUAAUCAGAAUCUCUAAGUGCUAGAGUACUACUGGAAGAUUUUCAAGGGUACACAGUUUUAGGAAGUGGUGUUUUUUUUCCUUCCUAGUUUUCUUUACAUCUAGAGUUGACAUGACAGAUUGUUGGUUUGUAACAGGAGAAUGUCAUCCUUUUUUACACCCAGCCUUUCAGAUUUGCCCCCUUGACAUAUUGUAUGUGAGUGGGAGAGGCUAAAUAUAGCCAAGGGGAAAGGAGACGGAAGAAAAAGAUGGGGUUGUCUGCAUGUUUGGAGGUGGCUUAGGGGUGAUAGAGUUAGGGAAGCUGUGAUUUUUUUUAUUGUUUUUUUUGGAAGGGAAUUGAAGGAUUUGUGACAUCAGAGGGUAGUUCCUCAAGGCACAAAGCUACAGGGCAGAGAAGGCAAAGGAUUAUGGGUAAUCCUCUAUCCUGGAAUCAGAGGUAUGCGUGCAGUAGAUAAAGAACUUGGGAUUGUUAGUUGAUUAUCGGUUGGACUUUUUAUUUGUGGAAACAGUGUCCUGACACCUUUUUGCGACUGAAAUAUGAAAAUAAUGCUUUGAAUUAGAGAGUUCUUUGAGUGCCACAUGCUGUAUUGAAAUCCUGUAGAAAUUAAGUAAAAGCAAAUUAAUAAAAUGGAAGAAAUAGCAAGCAGCUUACUGACAAAUGGAUCUAUUGACAUAAUUAUUAUUGCCAGUAGACAACUGCAAAAUGUGUUUGUCCAUUUUUUAUUUAUUUUUUGGCUCCAAUAGUCUUAAACACUUAAUCACUCUUAUAACUUAUGGUUCAUGGCUGACACAAAAUCACUUUUACUGAACACUUUUGUUGAACAACAAGGCUGUGUUUUUUUCUGGAUGACAUGCCGUAGAUAAAGAGCCCACACUUGAAAGGAAUCACUUUCCGCUGUCACUGACUGUUCAGUUGUUGCUCUGCUUUGUAUGAACAGAUGAGUAAUACUCCAAGGCUGACUGAGCCCAGCACUGAUUUGAUUUGAAAGCUAGAUAGAGAGGAGGCAUGUAAACCAGCAUUAAGAGCUGAUCUUCCAUUGGCUAGCCACAGACAUGCUUCUAGCCCAUUGAAUCAGAUGGAGUUCAUGCCCAGUGACUAUUGCAAUAAUUGCUCAUAAUAUGUUGUUACUGUGAAUAUCUAGAGGCCGUCGUGACAGGUUAAUAUGAUCUCUGUUAUAAGUACUUAUGGCAACAUUCCUAUUCUAGAUAUCAUUUAGUCUUAAUCAAAGGCAUAUAGUAUUUGUUUAGAACACUUUCAAAGCAUUAGGGUUAAGAGGUUUUAGAAUAAUUUCAACAAUGUUGCAAUUGAGCUUUGUUUCUCACAUCCUUUGUAUUUUAUAACAACAAGCAAAAAACAGUAUAGAAUGCAAACAUCAAAGUCUUCCAAUGUAGGUUGAGACCUAGUAUUUGUUUCAUCUUACUAUAAACAGCAUGUGCAUACAAACAAAGCGUUGAUUAAUGGUUGGUAUAAUUAUUCAUGUUUCUGGAAGUGUUUGCUCAGUGUGGAUGCUCGUGGUAACCACGGGGGAGGAAGAGAGAAACAGGCAGAGAAGGUGGGCAGGAAGUGACUAAACCAUAUGCCAACAGGUUAGUGUUUGGAAGAUGAAUAGUGGCCUAUUUAUUUUGCCGGAUUUCUGGUGAUGCUGUGUCACGUAAUCCCUGCUCACAUCCCUCAGAAGGAUGGCACUCUCUCCUUACCGUUUAUGAUGCGCAUUGGGAGAUUUGUACGACCUAUAUGUGAAAAGUGGCAUGCCAGACAGGUAAAUUAUAGUGAUCUCCAUCAUUGCACUCCUCCAAGUCUAUAAUGAAGGAUGAUUGAGAACAAGCAUGAGGCCAUCUCCAUUCAUCUUAACAAAAUAAAAUGCAUUACACAGUGGGGAAGACUGUGAGUCAGCCUAACAUGAAACCUGACUGGUUUAAUAGUGUAAGAUUGACGUGUAAGGAAAUCGACACAACUGUAUCUUUGUUUUAACUGACAUUUUUUAAAUACUUUUGUGGGUUGUAAUGGCGAUAGAAAUAGUUGUUUAUCCUCACAAUUUCAGAUUUAAAGUCAAUAAAGGACAUGAUGUAAGAUGCCAAGAAAGAUUAAACAGAUCAGAAUUUAAGAUUAAAUACAUCACAAACUCACUGCCAGAUUGAACCCUGUGCUCAGCCAGCGUUGCACUCCUCAUCGUUUCCUUCAUGUCCUUGUUUGCUGCAGGUCUAAUAGAGUUCCAUACAGAGGGUUUGCAGUUAGGAGAAUAAAUUGGUUAUUUAUUGAGGUGACUGAGCGUGGCAUUGUAGGAAAGUUGUUAUUGCUACAGUGUAAAGACAGAUUGGCUAGUCCACAGCGGGGACACCUUGAGAGCAGCCGUCUCCACUGAAGGACGCUGAUAAAGUCCAUAAGGGACUUUUGUCAUUCAAUAUUUAGGAGGUUGUUAUUAAGAAGGUAAUACAGGACAUGCUUUGAAAGUAUGCUAUCUUGAAAUUCUAGAUUCUAAUUUUAGGAAAAUUAAGGACUUAAUCAACGCCCUUACAGCAGUAUAAUCCUACAUUCAAUUACAGUCAUUUUCAUAAACAAGGGAGCAGUUAGAAGGAUCUUACAGAGCUCAUGCUGAAGCUGUUGAAGAAUAAAUAGUGCAGUGUUUGUGUAUUUAUAUUUUUUAUUGUAGUGCAGGUAUGAUGCUGUGUAGGUAUGCGUCCGUUUUUUGCUAGGAGUAUUUCAGGGUUAACCAGAUGCUGCAGCGCUGCAUGUAUAACAUAGCACAAAGUUAUUAAACACUAAACCAGGAUAGUAACUUUUAGAUUUGGUCUUAAAAAUGUAAGGCGCACACAUUUCAAAGUGUCUUAAUAUGAAGAUCGUAAGCAGGCUGUCCCAGCAGUUUGUAGAUUCAAACUAACACACAAACAGAGUCUGAACCAGUUGACAGAGAAAAGGCGUUAAAGCAUUAAUUCCACAGAUAAGAUAAGUUUUGAAUAGCCAACCUAUUUUUCAAGUUUUAAUGAAGAAAACCAAUGUAUUUGUGAAGACUUUACACACAAACUUACUGUAGUGAUGAAUAUACAGUACAAACAGCUGGUGCAACAUCCAGUUCUUGAUUUUAAGACACUUUUCAGAGCAUAAAAUUCACCUACUGUGUCCGUUAGGCCUAUCCAUCUAUUGGUUUUUGGUCAUACUUUCAUACAACACUUUGAUAUUUCUAACACUCUAAUGCAUAAUAGGCAGGUUCCUAUCACAAAUAAAUGAUGUCACGGUUGCAUCUGGUUUAUUUUAUGGAAGUGAUGAUACAAUAACAUAGCACAACAGUAUAGCACACUCUAACAGCUGUGAUAACCCAUAAUUCAAUAUAAUCGUCUGCUGUAAUUACAGUGUUUCGGAUUUGUGCUCCCUGUUUUUGAUUGUCCUGUUGCAUGUCCCGCCCUCCCGCUCUUCUAAUUGGUUGCUUCCAGUCCUUUUCCUAGCAUAGAAUCUGACCCGUGCUGCUUUUAACCAGGAUGCAUUCACUGCUUUCUAACAUAACCUACAUCUCUCCACCACUUCACUUCUUCAUGCACUGUCAAAAGUAAUCUGUGGUUACUACUAAAUUGUAGUUUAGAGAUCAGCACUGCUGUCUCUGUGCUUUCUCAUUCUCUUGCCCCCCCAUCUUCAUCUUAGUCAUCAACAUCUUUUCUUUGGCAUGGGCUGUCAGUCUUUGGGUUCAGGCACACACACACACUGGACUAAUGGGAUAAAACACAGGAAAUAACCUGGAACCCCUGAAAUAAUGAGGAAACCCAAGAGCCGGAAAAAAAACUCAAGGAGAAGCAGUCCCUCAUUCAACGACCAGCUACAGUUUUGGACUGUGGAAGGAGCCCUCAUUGACUCUACUUGGCUGGCAUUUAUCUCUUGUUGACCCAGUGACUUUCCUUCAACUGGUUCCUCUUAUUAUCAUGUGUUUUUGGGGAUAUGUCUGUGCGUUGUAGUUGUUGCUCUCUCUUUUCUUUCUUCCAUUGCCAAACCAUUCUCAGUUUCAUAUUUGAUCUUCUUAAUGUUGGAUUACUUGAAGGGCAAUGUUCAGUCGCCUACAUUUUUUUACCAGUUAGUGUAAAAUGAAGACGGCAGCAAUGGGGAAGUUGUGAAGUCUGUGUGUGUAAAUCUUUUUGUGGGUUGGGAUGAUGAUAUACUGUAGAGGCAACUUUUUUUAUAAGUAACAGUAUUGUCACAGAAUCUGACAUUUUCCUUCAACAGUGAUUGAGUUGGGAGAAAUCACAGCAAAUAUAAAAAACUAUUGGCUCCAAUAUUUUUGCAAAUCUGUCUACCUGGAUUUUCUCAAAAUGUCGCUGAUGUGUCAUUGCCUGCAAUGAAAUCUCAAAUACCAUUGGGGGUUCUGUCCAUUCCACAGCCAUACGACAGGCAUUUUUUUACGCUGUUUGUUGCACAAAACUUUUCAAGAAGCCUUCUGCACUGUGUAAAGAGAUAACGUUCUUAGGAGGGGAGGAAAUAAAAGGGAGUGGGGGGGGGGGGUUCAAUGGUACAGUCCAAUGGUUUUGAAUCAUGACUUGUAAAUACGUUUUCAUACAGCAAAAACUUUUUGAUAAUGUUUUAAAUGUAUCUGUAAAAAAAGAUGUACAUAAACCUCUCGGGUUAAAAGGAGUGUAGACUAUAUAUGAAUUUAUUUGUACACAAGAGCACUGGAUUUAUUUACUACUUGAUUGUAACUAAAAAUUAAUAAUCUGCCAAAGUGUUUUUACUUUACUUCCUCUCCUGUCUGAUCCGUUUGUUUGCUUUUUAACAGCAUUGCAGAUCUUUAGUGUUCAUACUGUAUUUAAUUCUGUUGAAUAGAUUUUGUUGUUGUGCGUUUAAAAAAAAGAGGUUAUCUUUUUAAUUUAUUGGUGCCUUGUUUUGUGCUCCUGUAUACUUUUACUCUUUCUGUUUUUCUGUGUUUUGUGUCUGCGGGACGGCGGGCGGGGGGGUUAACUGGCGGGUUGGUGAGGGAUGGGGUAGGGGGAGUUAAAAACUUAGCAACUUCUGUACUUACAUGAAAUAUCUGUACUGUAUGCCAAAAUGGUCUCACUCACGUUUCUAUGAAAUCAAGCUGUUGAUAAAUAUCUCUAUAUAUUGAUAUAUUAAAUUUAUAAAAACUGUCCAA